AUGAAGAAGAAUACUGAUGGCUGGGGAGAUGGGUUCCUAUCCACCUUGGUCAACGGGUCAAUUGGCACCAAUUUUGCCCACAGCGGUGCUACAACCGCCUCCUUUGUCGCCGAUGGACACUGGGCAAAGGUUCUAGACGCUGUCAAGGGAAAUAAAUCGCUGUACCAUCCCUAUGUCACAAUCCAGUUUGGACACAAUGACCAGAAGUCAACGUCUGGAGUCUCCAUCUCGCAGUUUACGGCAAACCUUGAGAAAAUGGUAGCCGAUGUCCGGUCCGCAGGGGGUUCCCCACCGUCGAAGCUUCGACUCUUCUGGCCAUGUGAUUCCCUGAGGGAAUCGCUGGCGAACGUCGUUGCUGCAACCAAGGCCGCCGCAAAGGCUACAAACAGCGAAUAUGUGGAUCUGAACAAAGCAUCAACCGAUUAUCUGAACAGCAUCGGCGCAGAAAAAGCAGCAACGUACAAUCUCUCGCCCACGGAUCAUACGCAUCUGAAUAAUCAUGGAAUGAUUCUCUUUGGUAAUAUGAUGGGUUGGCUCUUGCAGACCACUAUUGCCGACAGCUCCAAGAUUGCGCCUUAUAUCCACCCGCGGAGUGACGUGGUAGCGGCUAUUGAAGCUGGCAAAUACAUAUAUCCUUCCUGA